UACUUAACACAACUACCCCAAAAACCCUAGCUUUUCUUACUGGAGGAGGAGGAGAGAGAAAGAGAUAACGUGAAGAUUCUCUCUAAUCAAACCCUAAACAAUUCUGAGCUUAUGUUCGAAUUGUCCUUGUUUGAUUUCCCCCCUUUUGCUUUCAGUUGCAGAACUUCACCUGCUCUUUCCACUUUCGUUUGUUCUAACGCCCCAUUUGGGCCUGGUGGGUCAGAGUUUUCGACGCUUCAAUUGCUAUUUCGAGUGUCUGAUGUUUCUGUAAUUGGAGUUUCGUCGUCAGAGAUUUGAAUUUUGAGGUUUAGAUCUCUUUUUUUGCUUCACGUUGGAUUAAAUGCGGUUAAAGGGGUCUUUGUCGCUUCAUUGAAUAGCUUAGCUGUGGUGAAAGAGAUGAGCACUUGGAGAAGGUGUUUAUUUGAAGAUUUUUGGAUUUCCGAGGGGUUGUUUGGGAUUGGGAUUUCUUGGAAAUUGUAGAUAUUCGUCCGGAGAAAGGUUUCAGCAGGUGGAGUUUCUCUGAAUCUUCUGUUGUCUAUCCAUCAUGUUUCAGCCGAAGAAAGUCACAAACAUUGGCUUAGUGCCUCAUAAGGCUCAGAGUGCUGAUCAACUUGCAAAUGUUGGAGUAUUGGGGGGAUCCACAAUAAACAAUUCAGCUCCUCCUGGUGGGACUGGAAAGCAACGCUUGCGGUGGACUUCAGAUCUUCAUGAUCGCUUUGUAGAUGCCAUCACACAACUUGGUGGACCAGAUAGAGCAACACCUAAGGGUGUUCUGAGGGUGAUGGGUGUACCUGGCCUUACUAUAUAUCAUGUGAAGAGUCAUUUACAGAAGUACCGCCUUGCAAAAUACCUACCAGAAUCUCCAGCUGACGGUUCUAAAGAGGAGAAGAAAGAUUCUGGUGACAGCCUCUCUAGCAUGGAUUCUGCCCCGGGAGUACAAAUCAAUGAGGCACUGAAGAUCCAGAUGGAAGUGCAAAAGCGUCUUCAUGAACAGCUUGAGGUUCAAAGACAGUUGCAACUUAGAAUUGAAGCUCAGGGGAAGUAUUUGCAGAAGAUCAUCGAAGAGCAGCAAAAACUAGGUGGUGCACUUAGUGCCUCUGAGCCAUCCUUGGCUGAGGAAAAGCAAAAGCCAUGCCCAUCCCCACCAGAUGCCCUGCUUGACUCCUCUCCUCCUCAAAAGAAGCAGAGGGUAGAUGAUGGGUCAAUGGAUCCUGCUCCUUCUGUGCUCCCACCUAGGACGGUCAUUGGUCAGUGGGAUCAAAACUUGUAUGGGAGUGAUGGUGGGUUUGGAUUUGAUGUGGAGACAGAGAUACAGGGGGAGAAUGAUGACGGGAUGGAGCAGAGGGUGCCCCAUGCACCAGGGCUGCCCAAUGUUACAGGAGGAAUUUGAUCUUAACCAAUCCAUGCGAUAGUAGUUAUCAGUAGGCUGGUCAAAGGUUAGUAGUUGCUACUAAUUGAUACAUGCAUAUCAUUUUUUAUAAAUUAUCCAGACGUGCAUUUGGCUCAUUGCCUUUUGCAAAUACUAGGUAGGGCAGCUGUUAAUCUUGCUUGUAUAAUUAACACACUGUAAUCCAUUUGUAAUUAUAAUUAUAUAUAAUA